UUCUCCUGGUCAGGGCCGCGCGCAGAGCAACCAGGGGGACUUUCCCGCCCGUUUUGAAACGGACUCCGCGCGCUCUGCGUGAACGCGCACAGCGGGAGCGAGCCCUGGCUGACACGGACGCUCGGAGAAGCUUUGCUAUAAAUGGUUUGAAAGCGCCGAGCCGGAGAGAGACACAGCGAGCCCCCCCAGCAGGUUACCGCCGAGCUGUCCGUGUGAGCCGCCGCGGGCCGGACCAGGGAAGGCGGUUAUCGUGAAGGACGCGCCCCCCUCCCCCCCCCCCAGUGUGGGCUGCAGUGGUUCGUCCCAGGGUGUGGAGCUGCCUCCUGUCCGGCCUGGCCCGGCUCCCAUGUGACCUUCCAUGACCCGCCCGCACCGCGCUUCCCCCGGGGCCCCGGAGCGGCAGUGGAUGUGCUGCCUGGUCUUCGUACUGCCUCAGAGAUAAGGCCGGCCCGGGGGCCACACACGGACUGACAGGGGGGCCGAGCCGGCCUACACCUCGCCUUAAUCCCCCACCGGCCGAAACAUUUACCGGAUAACCUGACUGACCGACCGAAACAUAUACCGGAUAACCUCACUGACCGACCGGCCGAAACCUUUACCGGAUAACCUGACUGACCGACCGAAACCUUUACCGGAUAACCUGACCGACCGACCGGCCGAAACCUUUACUGGAUCCCUGACUGACCGACCGAAACAUUUACCGGAUCCCUGACUGACCGGCCGAAACCUUUACCGGAUAACCUGACUGACCGGCCGAAACCUUUACCGGAUAACCUGACUGACCGGCCGAAACCUUUACCGGAUAACCUCACUGACUGACCGGCCGAAACCUUUACCGGAUCCCUGACCGACCGGCCGAAACCUUUACCGGAUCCCUGACCGACCGGCCGAAACCUUUACCGGAUAACCUGACUGACCGACCGGCCGAAACCUUUAACGGAUCCCUGCCGGACCCACCGGCCGAAAGCUUGGUAGACAGGACACCCCUCCUGGCUGCCGGGAUCCCUGACUCGCUGUGACCGAUUAUCCCAUGUCUUGUUUGGAUUGACUUGUGGAUCGGACUUAUCGAUGGUGAUUACAUCCAGUUCUGAAGAGGUUCCCCCUCAGAGAAUGCUGUCAGCCUUACAGACGGAAUGGGCCAGUAAGGAUCCGGUGUGUUACCUGCCCCCCUCUCACUGCAGCAAGAAGCCUUCCAGGAGUGGCAGCAGUACAGGAUGCAAGUCGUCGUCCUCUCUCUGUCUGGCUGCACCCUUUGCCUUUGUCCCCACUGAGGCAAGCAUGUCGAGUCAGCACAGCCACGCCCCUUUCUCCAGCCUUCAAUCAAUGGCUGAUCAUCAGCAGGUCCUGCCAGACAUGACCAUUUUACAAAGGCGGAUUCCCUUAACCUUCCGAGAUUCAUCAGCUGCACCGCUACGGAAGCUUUCAGUGGAUUUAAUAAAGACUUACAAGCACAUAAAUGAAGUGUAUUACGCAAAGAAGAAGCGCAGAGCCCAACAAGUACCGCCUGAGGAUUCCAGCACAAAGAAAGAGCGCAAAGUAUUUAAUGAUGGCUUUGAUGAUGACAACUAUGAUUAUAUUGUGAAAAACGGGGAAAAGUGGAUGGACAGAUAUGAAAUAGAUUCACUGAUUGGAAAAGGCUCGUUUGGACAGGUGGUUAAAGCGUACGACCAUCAUGACCAAGAAUGGGUCGCUAUCAAAAUCAUAAAGAAUAAGAAAGCCUUUCUGAACCAGGCUCAAAUUGAGUUGAGACUUCUUGAGCUAAUGAACAAACAUGACACAGAGAUGAAGUAUUACAUAGUGCAUUUAAAACGGCACUUCAUGUUUCGGAACCAUCUGUGUCUGGUGUUUGAACUGUUGUCGUACAACUUAUAUGACCUUUUACGAAACACAAACUUUCGUGGCGUUUCCCUGAACUUAACUCGCAAGUUUGCCCAGCAGCUUUGUACAGCACUGCUUUUCUUAGCUACUCCUGAGCUUAGUAUAAUUCAUUGUGACCUGAAACCUGAGAACAUCCUACUUUGUAAUCCCAAGAGAAGUGCCAUCAAAAUCGUGGACUUUGGCAGUUCCUGCCAGCUGGGACAAAGGAUCUACCAGUAUAUUCAGAGCCGCUUCUAUCGUUCUCCUGAAGUUCUGCUGGGAAUGCCCUACGAUUUGGCCAUAGACAUGUGGUCUUUAGGGUGUAUAUUGGUGGAAAUGCACACAGGAGAGCCUUUAUUCAGCGGAUCCAAUGAGGUGGAUCAAAUGAACAAGAUAGUAGAAGUUCUUGGGACUCCUCCAAAUCACAUGUUGGACCAGGCCCCAAAAGCACGGAAAUACUUUGACAAACUUCCUGAAGGAACGUGGACUGUAAAGAAAAAUAAAGAUAUCAAAAAGGACUACAAGGUACCAGGAACUCGUAGACUUCAUGAAGUUCUGGGUGUGGAAACAGGAGGCCCUGGUGGUCGAAGGGCAGGAGAGCAGGGACAUUCGCCUUCAGAUUAUUUGAAGUUCAAAGAUUUAAUACUGCGGAUGUUGGAUUACGACCCUAAAAGUAGAAUCACCCCUUUCUAUGCUCUCCAACACAACUUCUUUAAGAAAACAACAGAUGAAGGGACUAACACAAGUAAUAGUAACUCUACGAGCCCUGCAAUGGACCAUAGUCAUUCAACGAGUACAACUAGUUCUGUGUCAAGCUCAGGAGGAUCCAGUGGCUCAUCAAACGAUAACCGUAAUUACCGGUACAGCAACAGAUACUAUAACAGUGCUGUUGCACACACAGACUAUGAAAUGCAGAGUCCGCAGGUUCCUUCUCAACAGCAGAUAAGACUGUGGGCUGGUGGAGAUGUUCCAAUCACAAACAGUGAUUCCUACCCUCAGAUCUUACCUCACAAACCUACUCCCAGUCAGCCACAGCAUUUUCACGGAAAUGAACCGCAUCACCCACACCCGCUGUAUCAUCACGUCAAUCGGCCGCACUACCACCGGCAACUCAUAACCUCCGCCUCUCCACAAAUACCAGAGUCCAUGGAGCUGAGCUUGGGACACAGACACCCCCAGUCUUCCUCUUCAUUGCACCCACAUCAUCCUAGCUUAGACUGCACUCCGUUUGGCUCCUCAAACUUACACUUAGGGGUUUCUGCUUUUCGGACUAGAACAGUCAGUGGGCAUAACGAUUCAGGGGGGCCCCUGAAUUAUCCCUACUCUAGCAACACAUCCAGCAUGGUUGGACCCCCUCAUAUCCGAAACAGGACGGAAACUGAAGAGAGUGCUAUGUUAGGCGUUUGUGUCCCUCAGAGUACGGCGGCAAGCUCUUGAUGAUUCUUUCAUGUAAAAUUAAAGCCAUACCAAUAAUAGAAAUACUGAAUUUGCAGGAGGGCUGACAAGCUGCAGGGUGGGGUUGUGGAAAAGGGAUGAGCUGGCUUUUAUCACAACCAUCAAAAAAUGUCAAGGUGUAGCUGUUAAUGUGAAUUGUUUAUUUAUUAAAAAAAAAAAAAAAAAAAAAAAAAAAUCACUACGAGAGGAGUGUGAAGUGUGUGUUGACCAUGAGAAGCAGUUUUAACAGACUUCAAUUGGACUACUUUUUUUUUUUUUUUUUUUUUUAUUUUAUUUUUUAAAUUGCUUUUUGACACACUGGUAGAAGUUAACCUGUGCAAAGACUUCAAGACAUUUCCAAUGCUUCCAUUUCUAUCAUAAUUUCCUCUUCAAAAAAAAAUAAAAAAUAAAAAGCAGGAUAAACCCAGACUUACUUUGCACGUCAGUGAACUCGUUUACAGGCCAAACAUCACUCUGCAAACACUGUCUGUGCCAUCUUAUCAUUCUUUGUCCCUACCCCACUUUAUACCAACCUUGCUAGGGUGCACAAAGAUGCACUUCACUGGAAUACCCUUGGCUGCUAACUCCACUCUCUCAACUGGAAUUGCUGCUAAAACUCUUUAACAGUUUGCUUUAUAAAAAACAGAAGGUUCCGUGUUUUAUUUUUAUUUAUGGCGUAAUACUCAGUCAGUUUUAGCUGUUUCAGGAAAGAUUUUUAGGAGCCAUUUUUCCCAUUUACAGUUUAAUGCUGCAGAAAUUCAGUGCAUCCCCCUCCAGGUUUGUGUUGGGUUGUUUUUUUUUUGGUUUUUUUUGUUUUUUUUUGAGGGUGGAUGGGAGAUUUAACUUUUUACCCAAGUUUCACUUUUUAACAUGUCAGUUAAUCAUGUUUUUAUUUUCCCCACACUGAAUUACGUUCUUUUUUUUUCAUUUGAUACACUACAAGAUAUAUUUGACUACAUUUAAGUUUUCCCAUUUAUUUGAGAUGAUUUAUUUACUCCCGGCCUUUUAAGUUCAAUGUGAGCAGUAAUGGUGCACCUCCACGAUAAUGUUAGACACUAAGCCCUUGCUUCAGUAUUAAAACCAGUCACAUACAGUGCUCGCUGCUGUAACAGGGUUUGUUUUUAUUUAUUUAUUCCCCCCCCCCCAAGGCUUUCAAAAAGUUAUGGCAAAACAUGUCCGUUUUUCAUAUCUCUGUGGAUAGUAACGUACUUUUUUUCUUUUAUUUAAUUUUUUCAUUUUUUUUCUUUCAUUUUAUUUUAUUUAUUGUACCAAAGAUGGUAUUAAGGCAUCACAAAAAAUGAUCAGACAUGUAAAAUGAUUGUCUUUUUAAAUGUUUCCUUUUCUGUUCUUGCGUGUUUAAUUGGGCUUAAAAUUCUGAAUCAUGUGUAGUUGCUGUUGGACUCCAAGGCUUUUCACAUUCAUGUUUGUUUCAAGUAUUGUGGGUGUUUUUGGAGGAUCCUAAAAAUAAAGUAAUAGACAGCUCCACAAGACCUAGAGGUCAGUCUGAUUGUGUGCGGACACAUUACCCAUAUUGUAAAAUAUUUUCACAACGCUCAAUUGCUUUGGUAAAAAAAAAGUAAAUAGACAUGUCUGUUAAAUAGGUUCUUCUAAUAAAGUUCUUUUUUUGCUGCCUUCUGGUGGGGCUUUUCUCAGUGCAAUAUACGGGAUGCCCCCUAUGGCAACAAAAAGUCAAUUCUGAUAACCCGUUCUAUGGGAUGUAUCUAUACAAGUGGAGAGAGAAAAAUCGCGCAUUGACAUUUCCAAAAUCUAUGUACGCCAAACCUCAUCCAAAAAUUCUGUGUAUCGUCUGGCAUUGCCUGUUAUUCAUACAUUUCAUAUGCUGUUUUUAUUUCUGCUUUUGUAAAUCAGAGUUUAUUAAUGUUUAUGCACAUUUAAUCUAGUAAAGAAAUUUUUCUUAAAGCCUCUAAUUUAAAAAUGUAUAGCAGUGUGGAGUUUUAUAGGCUUUAAGUUGUUUUAUUUUUAUUCCAAAAUUUCUUGGGGACAGGUACAGCAUUACAGGGUAAUUGUUGAUUGUAAGAGGAAGUAGACUAAAACUCAUCUAAAGACUUUGUUCUGUCAGUGCUGUAAUUAUCUCUGAUACAAUUAACCUUUUUCUUUCAGAACUACAAUACAUUUUUUAUUUUUACAUUUUUUUUUAAUGAAAUUUCAAAGACAAGUAUGACAUGAUCAGUUUGUUUUCUUUUUGGGUUUUUGCUUUUCUUUUUGGUUUACGUUUUCACCUGUGUCUUUCUAGUCACUACUGUUAAAGUCCAGAACAGGUUUGUACUGCGCAAGUGAUAAAUAAAUGAAGGCGCUACUUUGGA